CUGCAACCGUCUGAACUUAACUCCAUCUGGUUCUUUGUCUUCAUAAUCACACCAUACACGUGAAAGGCAUAUAAUAUUGCCGGAUCCAGCCACAGAACCGGUUACAACCUCAACCUUCAAAAUAUUAUCUCCUAAUUCCUUUACAAUCAUUCUUGUCCCAUUGACAAGCCCUCUACUAACGGCCAAAUUCUUUAAAAGAAUUACAAUGCAACCUUCUUUAAGGUGUAACCGGUGUGGUGGAAUUGAAGCAGGAUUUAGUAAAUUCAAAGCUUCAACAUCAUUGUCGCAUUCAUCAAAAUCCAUUGGCGAUUCGUCAACGUUCGAUUCGUCCGUUGAGAAAUAAAUCUUUUCCUUGGUCGUAAUCUUUUUCAGCAUGUCUUCAUUAAUCACAUUCACUGUGUCAUUAUGUGGCGCUAAGAUCAGUCUGUUAAUGAGCUCUUUCGGAUUCGAAAGAGCUUGGCCGUUGUCAGUGACAAAAUUCAUCAACUCUUGGCGCGAACCCACUAUAUUUCUACUAUCAAUCUCGACUUCCUUAUUUAAUUCGCCGUUUCCAAUUUUUCGCAGCCAAUCAGUGAAUUGAAUUUCAUUCUGUCCCUGACGCAUAUUAAUGUUCAGCGUUAUUAUAUUAUUUCUAAAAUGCGGCCACAAUUGUAAUGAAGACUGUAUACAGGCAUUGACUUGAUCU